AUGGUUGCUGCCUACAGGCCGGUUUUGUUUCUCAGCAGCUGCGGGGCCAGCGGCGGGGCCAGAGGCGGGGCCAGCGGCGGGGCCAGCGGCGGGGCCAGCGGCGCGGCCAGCUGCGGGGCCAGAGGCGGGGCCAGCGGCGGGGCCAGAGGCGCGGCCAGCGGCGCGGCCAGCUGCGGGGCCAGAGGCGGGGCCAGAGGCGGGGCCAGCGGCGGGGCCAGCGGCGGGGCCAGCGGCGCGGCCAGCGGCGGGGCCAGCGGCGGGGCCAGCGGCGGGGCCAGCGGCGCGGCCAGCUGCGGGGCCAGAGGCGGGGCCAGCGGCGGGGCCAGAGGCGGGGCCAGCGGCGGGGCCAGCGGCGGGGCCAGCGGCGGGGCCAGCGGCGCGGCCAGCGGCGGGGCCAGCGGCGGGGCCAGCGGCGGGGCCAGCGGCGCGGCCAGCUGCGGGGCCAGAGGCGGGGCCAGCGGCGGGGCCAGAGGCGGGGCCAGCGGCGGGGCCAGCGGCGCGGCCAGCGGCGCGGCCAGCGGCGGGGCCAGCGGCGGGGCCAGCGGCGCGGCCAGCGGCGGGGCCAGCGGCGGGGCCAGCGGCGCGGCCAGCGGCGGGGCCAGAGGCGGGGCCAGCGGCGGGGCCAGCGGCGGGGCCAGCGGCGCGGCCAGCGGCGCGGCCAGCUGCGCGGCCAGCUGCGGGGCCAGCGGCGGGGCCAGAGGCGGGGCCAGCGGCGGGGCCAGCGGCGCGGCCAGCGGCGCGGCCAGCUGCGGGGCGGCCAGCGGCGGGGCCAGAGGCGGGGCCAGAGGCGGGGCCAGCGGCGGGGCCAGCGGCGCGGCCAGCGGCGCGGCCAGCUGCGCGGCCAGCUGCGGGGCCAGCGGCGCGGCCAGCGGCGCGGCCAGCUGCGCGGCCAGCCAGCGGCGCGGCCAGCGGCGGGGCCAGAGGCGGGGCCAGCGGCGGGGCCAGCGGCGGGGCCAGCGGCGCGGCCAGCUGCGCGGCCAGCGGCGGGGCCAGCGGCGCGGCCAGCGGCGCGGCCAGCUGCGGGGCCAGCGGCGCGGCCAGCGGCGCGGCCAGCGGCGCGGCCAGCGGCGGGGCCAGCGGCGGGGCCAGCGGCGCAGCCAGCGGUUGCAGCAGCCAAGACACAAGACCGGGAAAUACUAG